AUUUUCUAGUUUUUAAUAAAUGGUAUAGGUUGGUCGCAUGGAUUCUUUUCGAUUUGUAUAUUCCAUUCAUAAAUUUUAAACUAAGCUCUCAUAACAUAAGUGCCAUAGUAUUGUCUGCAAACGCGUUUUGUUGUGUGGCGUGGCAAAUAACUUGAAUUUCUGCAUUUGGUGUUUCGAAACAAAGUGAACUAAAUAUUCAAGAAAAUGUCCAUUAACUUACGAACCGUGUACGCGUUUGCAAGGGAGAUGUAUCCAAAGAAGUCAUCAGCACCAAUACAAUAUGGCACGGCAGGAUUUCGUGGCAAAGCCGAAUUCCUCGACAGUGUUAUGUACAGGAUGGGCGUUUUGGCCACACUUCGUUCGAGAAUUCGUGGCGGAGCUGUGAUUGGUGUAAUGGUCACUGCCUCUCACAAUCCAGAACCGGACAAUGGUGUUAAGUUAAUUGACCCAAAAGGUGAAAUGCUGGAAGCCAGUUGGGAAUCCAUUGCUACUGAUUUGGCCAAUGUUGAGGACAGCGAACUUGAAGCGCAUGUUGCCAAAAUUAUAAGUGAGAAUAAAAUAGACGUAGGUUCCUCAUCCCAUGUAUUUGUCGGCAUGGAUAACCGCUAUCAUAGUCCACGCCUGCUGAAGGCUGUAGCUGAUGGUGUGAUUGCGCUAAAGGGAAACGUACGUGAGUUUGGUAUUGUAACGACGCCAAUGUUGCACUUUUUUGUGGUGGCUGCUAAUACGAGAGGUGCCUAUGGCCUGCCCACAGAGGAGGGCUACUAUAAAAAAUUGAUCACAGCGUUCGAAGUAUUGCGCGGUGACAAAUUAGAAAACGGAAACUAUCGCAAUAAAUUGGUAUUCGAUGGUGCUAAUGGUGUAGGUGCGCGUAAAAUGUUGCAGUUUAUUAAGCGAAUGCAUGAUUCCCUGCAAGUGGAUGUAAUUAAUAAAGGAGAUGGCAAGAUAAAUGAAAAUUGCGGUGCUGACCAUGUAAAAGUUAAGCAAGCAGUGCCCAUUGGUAUGCCAAUUGUGGAACCAUUUACACGUUGUGUGAGUGUUGAUGGUGAUGCCGAUCGCGUAGUAUACUUCUUCACCGAUGAUAAGAAUCAUUUUAGAUUAUUGGAUGGAGAUCGCAUUGCUACUUUAGUAGCAGACUAUCUUAUGGAUAUGGUAAAACGUUGUGGGCUUGAUCUGAGUAUGGGCUUAGUGCAAACUGCUUAUGCUAAUGGUGGCUCAACGGACUAUAUUUCCAAUACGUUGCAAGUACCAGUGGCAUGUGUGCCCACUGGUGUUAAACAUCUGCAUCAUAAAGCGCUGCAAUAUGAUAUUGGCGUAUAUUUUGAGGCUAACGGUCACGGUACUAUUAUUUUCAGUGAUAAUGCUAAAAGUCUAAUAAAAGCGGCUUCCGAAACAAAUGCCGAUGCGAAGACACUUUUGCAUGUUAUAGAUCUCAUCAAUGAAACUGUGGGCGAUGCCAUAUCGGAUAUGUUGCUGGUCGAAACCAUUUUGAAUCAUAAAGGCUGGGACGUAAAAGACUGGUUGGCGACGUACGAUGACUUGCCGAAUCUUCAAUUGAAAAUUAAAGUUCAAGAUCGUAACGUUAUAACGACAACCGACGCAGAGCGUGUUUGUGUUACGCCAGUGGGUCUGCAAGAGGCUAUAGACAAGGUGGUAUCUAACUACAAACGUGGCCGUUCAUUCGUACGACCUUCAGGUACCGAAGAUGUGGUGCGUGUAUACGCGGAGGCAGCGACAAAAACCGACACCGAAAACCUUGCAUAUGAAGUAGGAAUUUUAGUGCAACAGCUCGCAGGUGGCGUAGGACCUGAACUAAUUCAUCCUGGGAAGACAAUAAGCGCUCACAUCUAAAUAUUCUUCUCUUAAAAACUAAUUCAUGCCAAUAUCUGCCUUCACAGCGGACUUUUGUAUGAUCUUGCUACACAACGAUAUAAUGUUUAAAAGUUAUUUACAUGUACAUGCCUUCUUUAAAUUAAGUAGUUAGAAGAAAACACUUCCAUCUAUUUUCUACAGAUCGUUUAUUGUGUUACAUGUUAUUAUUAUUUUUUUUUUUUGUUUUUGUAUUGUACCGCAGAUAUGCAUUUAAAUUUGCUUUAUAAUGUAAAACUGCCUUGAAUUUUAAAAAAACUUAAUGGAAAAUAUAUAUGUAUGUAUACAUAAACGGAGUUAUAGUUUUGUACUAAAAAAUGUACAUAGACACAUGUUCAAUGAUUGAUGUGUCUAUUUCAAUUUGUUUUUAGUGAGAUUACUAAGUUUUAGCACGCCUUCAAUAGGAAAAUAUAUGAAAUCCAAACAUAAAACGCUACGGCUCAAUUACAAAAAUGUAUGUGAAUUGAACUUAUUUUAAGUAUUAAAAUGCGUUAAUAA